UGGCGCCCGCCAGAGUUGAUGUUAGCCAUGGAAACCGAGAGCGGCUGCGGAGGCCUCUCUGGGAUCUUGUUGUGGGACCGCUGCAGCUUCUCUGCCUCCGCCUUCCGGCCGCAGCCAGCUUCCAUGUGGGAGUGCUUACCCGGGUUUACCAGCAGAAAUGCAGACUUCAGGCUGCCUUCGCGCCGCCCCUUCCCUCGAGUGAUUCGAGAGACUUCUGGUUACAGAAAAGGAUGUGAUUUUCAGAAUAAUCCUGCGUGAGAAGGAUGAGUCCAGAUGUGCCUCUGCUGAAUGAUUACAAACAGGACUUCUUUCUGAAGCGCUUUCCACAGACUGUUCUAGGAGGCCCUCGACUCAGAUUAGGCUUUUAUGCCCCUCCUUACGUAUAUGUUAAUCAAAUUAUCCUUUUUCUGAUGCCAUGGGUUUUGGGUGGAAUAGGAACACUUUUGUACCAGCUGGGCAUCCUGAAAGACUAUUAUACGGCAUCACUUUCAGGUGGACUAAUGCUUUUCACUGCAUUUGUCAUCCAGUUCACAAGUUUAUAUGCCCAAAACAAAUCAGCAACAGUACAAAGAAUGCUAACUACAGAUAUCUUAGCAGAGGAAGAUGAGCAUGAAUUUACAAGCUGUGCUGGUGCUGAGACUGUCAAAUUUCUAAUUCCUGGAAAGAAAUAUAUAGCCAAUAUAGUUUUUCAUUCUGUUCUUGCUGGGCUAGUAUGUGCUCUUGGAACAUGGUAUCUGCUUCCAAAUAGAAUAACCUUGCUGUAUGGCAGUAUAGGAGGCACUGCUCCUCUAUUUGUCUUUGGAUGGAUAACACUCUGUAUAGGAGAAUACUCAUUAAUUGUGAACACAGCUACAGAGACUGCAACUUUCCAACCUCAGGAUACUUAUGAAAUCACUCCUCUUAUGAGACCCAUUUAUAUUUUUUUCUUUGUUUCUGUGGAUCUUGCACACAGAUUUGUGGUAAAUAUGCCAGUUCUAGAACAAGUGAAUCAGAUUUUACAUGUCUUGUUUAUAUUUUUACCCUUUCUGUGGGCACUUGGGACUCUGCCCCCACCCGAUGCACUUUUCUUAUGGGCAGUGGAGCAGAUUUUAGAGUUUGGCCUUGGAGGUUCAUGCAUGUCAACUCACCUACGGUUAUUAGUAAUGUUCAUCAUUUCUGCUGGAACGGCUAUAAUAUCAUAUUAUAUUCCCAGCACUAUUGGUGUUCUUCUUUUCAUGACUGGAUUUGGGUUAUUACUGAGUCUUAACCUAAGUGACAUGAGUUUUGUUUUCAAACACAGUAUGAUGAAACACAGAGUAGGAAACAAAUCUGAAGCUUUACCCAGUGGUUCAGAAAAACUGUUUAUGUGGAAGGAAUGUGUUUUGUACAUCAUUGUACUAGUCUUGGCUCUCCUGGAAACUAGUUUGCUACAUCAAUUUGCUGGUUUCUCACAAAUUUCCAAAAGCAGUUCCCAGGAUAUUGUUGGCUAUAUCUUGAUGAUGUUACUUAUAAUAGUGUGGAUACUUAAAGAAAUUCAAAGCAUCUAUAUCUUUGGAAUUUUCCGAAAUCCUUUUUAUCCAAAGGAUGUGCAGACUGUGACUGUAUUCUUAGAGAAACAAACAAAGCUGCUGAAGAUUGGUGUUGUCAGACGGAUAUUGCUAACUCUAGUGUCACCUUUUGCUAUGAUAGCAUUUCUUUCACUGGAUAGUUCCUUACAAGAGCUCCACUCUUUCUCUGUCUCCAUUGGAUUCACAAGAGCUUUUAGAAUGGUAUGGCAGAAUACAGAAAAUGCUUUAUUGGAGACAGCCAUCGUGUCAGCAGUGCACUUGCUGAUCUCUAGUUCAGAUUUAUGGUGGAAUAGAAGCCUGAAUACAGGAAUCAGACUUUUAUUGGUUGGUGUCAUGCGUGAUCGUCUGAUUCAGUUCAUCUCUAAAUUGCAGUUCGCUGCAACUGUACUUGUGACAUCAUGGACAGAAAAGAAGCAACGUCGAAAAACAACUACUAUUUUAUGUAUACUCAAUAUUAUCUUCUCUCCAUUCGUGAUGGUCAUCAUAUUUAUUUCUACACUACUCUCUUCUCCCUUGCUCCCCCUCUUUACCCUGCCUGUGUUCUUGGUGGGGUUCCCUCGACCUAUUCAGGUUUGGCCAGGAGCAGUAGGCACCACAGCCUGUGUUUGUGCAGAUACAGUGUACUACUACCAAAUGGUCCCCAGCUUGACUGCCGCAUUGCAGACUGCAAUGGCAUCUGGAAGUUUAGGUCUCCUCUUACCUGGGUCUCAUUAUUUGGGCCGUUUCCAGGAUCGUUUAAUAUGGAUAAUGAUUCUAGAACGUGGCUAUACUUACUGCUGUAUUAACAUUAAGGGGUUAGAAUUACAAGAAACAUCCUGUCAUACUGCUGAAGCCCAGAGAGUUGAUGAAGUUUUUGAUAGUGCUUUUGAGCAGGAAGAAUACACAAAAGUAUGUUCCCUUAAUGAACACUUUGGGAAUGUCUUGACCCCCUGUACUGUUUUGCCUGUGAGACUAUAUUCUGAUGCCAGGAUUGUCCUAUCUGGCAUAAUUGAUUCCCAUGAAAACUUAAAAGAAUUUAAAGGUGACCUUGUUAAAGUGCUUGUGUGGAUACUCAUUCAGUACUGUGCCAAAAGGCCCACCUUGCAAGAGGAUAUUCAUAAAAGUGAAAGUAAAAGGGAAACACCUCUAGUGAUCCUGCCAGCUUCAAAUACUUCCCCACGUCCAAAGUCCCCAGAAGACACAGAUAGUUUAGAUUCCAAAACUUUUGAUGACUGGUCUGAUGAUAAUAUUUUUGAUGAUGAGCCAACUAUCAAAAAAGGAAAAGAGGGAAAAAAGCAGUUGAAAGAUUUUCCAGGAACAAAUUUGCCUAUUCCAGGAUCAGUAGACUCACAGAGAGUUGGUGAUCAUUCUACAGGUACAGUUCCUGAAAACAGUCUUUAUAAAGCUGUUAUGUUGGGAUACCCUGCUGUUGACAAAGGAAAACAAGAAGACAAGGCAUAUGUCCCUCUUAUGGACUUCAGUUGUUCCUAUUCUCAUUUACUGAGCUUACCUGAAGAAUGGAGGUCUAACUGUAUGCCUAAAGCCAUAAUGAAAGAGCUGAGUUCAUUAUUUCCAGAAGACUGGUACCAAUUUGUUUUAAGGCAGUUGGAAUGUUUCUAUUCAGAAGAAAAGGCCUCAACUCUACUGGAAGAAAUUGCAAAGGAUAAAGUUUUAAAAGAAUUUUAUGUUCAUACAGUAAUGACUUGUUAUUUUGGUUUAAUUGGAAUAGACAAUGUGACUCCUAGUCCUGGUCAUAUAUUAAGAGUUUUCAAUGGUGUUUUACCCUGGUCUGGUGCCUUGGAUUGGCUCACAGAAAAACCAGAACUGUUACAACUAACUUUGAAAGCAUUCAGGUAUACUCUGAAACUAAUGGUUGAUAAAGCAAGUUUAGGCUCAAUAGAAGACUUUAAAGAGCUGGCCAGCUGCCUUCAUGAAUAUGAAAGUGACUGGUACAUUGGUUUAAUAUCAGAUGAAAAAUGGAAGGAAUCAAUUUUACAAGAAAAGCCAUGCUUGUUUGCUCUGGGAUAUGAUCCGAAUAUGGGAGUUUAUACUGGGAGAGUACUGACCCUUCAAGAAUUGUUGAUACAAGUUGGGAAGUUAAAUGCAGAAGCUGUUAGAGGUCAGUGGGCCAAUCUUUCAUGGGAAUUGCUUUAUGCAACAAACGAUGAUGAGGAGCGUUAUAGUAUACAAGCACAUCCUCUACUCCUAAGAAACCUUACAGUUCAAGCGGCUGAUCCUCCUCUGGGAUAUCCAAUUUAUUCUUCAAAACCUCUCUGUAUACGUUUGUAUUAGAGCCCAUUUUGACUUAUAAAUGUAAUAUCAUCAAUGGAUGUUUUACUAGAAAAGUAACAAUGUAAACUUCUUGUAACUUUAGUGGACUUUUUCCUGCCCCAAGGAUGCCUUUAAAAAGUUAAGCUUCAUAGAAUGAAUUCCCUUAAUCAUCUAAUGGUUUAGAAAAACAUUAACAACAGCAUCUUUAUGUCUAACAUAAAGUUAGAAAUUGGCCAAUAUUUGUGCCCUAUGGAUUAUGGUAGGCUUUGAUAAAUACAAUAAAACAUUUUUAUAUAAUUAGAAAUUAAA